AUGGUAGACACAGGUGGCGGAGCGUGCCCACCGAACCUGGCCACCCUCUCUUUUCGAGUAGCCUCUGUAACCGGUGACAGAACGCACAGGAGCUACCACAUACCCCACGUCCAGGCAGCCACCACAUACCCCACGUCCAGGCAGCCACCACAUACCCCACGUCCAGGCAGCCACCACAUACCCCACGCCCAGGCAGCCACCACAUACCCCACGUCCAGGCAGCCACCACAUACCCCACGCCCAGGCAGCCACCACAUACCCCACGCCCAGGCAGCCACCACAUACCCCACACCCAGGCAGCCACCACAUACCCCACACCCAGGCAGCCACCAUAUACCACUCGCCCAGGCAGCCACCAUAUACCACCCGCCCAGGCAGCCACCAUAUACCACCCGCCCAGGCAGCCACCACAUACCAUCCGCCCAGGCAGCCACCACAUACCCCACGCCCAGGCAGCCACCACAUACCACACUUCCAGGCAGCCACCACAUACCCCACGUCCAGGCAGCCACCACAUACCCCACGUCCAGGCAGCCACCACAUACCCCAGGCCCAGGCAGCCACCACAUACCCCACGUCCAGGCAGCCACCACAUACCCCACGCCCAGGCAGCCACCACAUACCCCACGCCCAGGCAGCCACCACAUACCCCACACCCAGGCAGCCACCACAUACCCCACACCCAGGCAGCCACCAUAUACCACUCGCCCAGGCAGCCACCAUAUACCACCCGCCCAGGCAGCCACCAUAUACCACCCGCCCAGGCAGCCACCAUAUACCACCCGCCCAGGCAGCCACCACAUACCCCACGCCCAGGCAGCCACCACAUACCCCACACCCAGGCAGCCACCACAUACCCCACACCCAGGCAGCCACCAUAUACCACUCGCCCAGGCAGCCACCAUAUACCACCCGCCCAGGCAGCCACCCCGCCCAGGCAGCCACCACUACCACCCCCAGGCAGCCACCAUAUACCACCCGCCCAGGCAGCCACCAUAUACCACCCGCCCAGGCAGCCACCAUAUACCACCCGCCCAGGCAGCCACCACAUACCACCCGCCCAGGCAGCCACCACAUACCACCCGCCCAGGCAGCCACCAUAUACCACCCGCCCAGGCAGCCACCACAUACCACCCGCCCAGGCAGCCACCACAUACCACCAGCCCAGGCAGCCACCAUAUACCACCCGCCCAGGCAGCCACCACAUACCACCCGCCCAGGCAGCCACCACAUACCACCCGCCCAGGCAGCCACCAUAUACCACCCGCCCAGGCAGCCACCACAUACCACCCUCCCAGGCAGCCACCACAUACCCCACGCCCAGGCAGCCACCACAUACCCCACGCCCAGGCAGCCACCAGUCGCCAUCAGUAA